CAAAGACAGAAUCCAGUCCUGCGCUCGGACCGCAGACACACUGGCAAGGACACUCCGAAGCUGGGAGGGACGCUGGAUGCUCCCUAAACGCGCACACUGGAAUGAACACAACACAAGAUGAGCUAUCCUAAUUUUACGCUUUCUUAGACCUUAGUCUUCACCAUCCACACGAAGCAAUCAACAUUGGAGAAUAUCUUGGUGACAAGGCUUGUACAGUAUAUUGGGAGUAAAAAUAUACAUUUUAAGAGCAUCUCUACAGAAAUAUUAGGGGGACCUUUGAUUCUGAAUCGACGCAAGCCUACUGUGAAACCCAAUAACGUCUGGAUUUGUAUUCAUUUUACGCAUUGGAACUUUGGAAUAGGCGGUUUUGAAUCGCUGUCUCUCAGACUUUUUCCUUUCUUCAGACUACAUUAGACAUACGUCCGCUUGAAAUUAUAAAUAGGCCUAUCACGAACUUAUUUUGCUCAUGGAAUUUUCGAUUGUCUUUUGAAAGAAUUUGAGCUUGGAGCACAGAAGAUAGGCUAUGCUUUAAUGCAACUGUUAACUUUUUCAAGUUUGGAUUAAGGCAGUAUCAACAUGUUCAACGGACGCGAUCCGGGAAUAACAGCGUUCAACUCCGAGCGCACUCGUCGGCGGCGGUCUCGAAGACGAUAGUCGCUGUCCAAGGUUUCACUGAACUUCUGAGAAAACAGUAACAGUCAUGGACCAACUGCUAGAUCUCUGAGAGCAUCCUUCCUCCUUGUCUUCCUUCUUUCUACACCUCCACCUGAAACACACUGGAGAUCCCACCUGGACCAUAAUAUUGACAAGCGUCAACAAGCGUUUUAGAAAAAAAUGAAAGGUUCUUACUGAAUCUCCUUUCAUCUUGCUUAUUUAUUUAGUAACCAUGACGACCACUUUCCUUUCCUACUGCUUACCUGGGUACCUGGUGAGUUCCCAAGUCCCCAUGCCAUCAUCGUUGCUGCUGCUGCUACUGCUACAACUGUACAGUCAAUCCCUGGCUGCUCCUUCAGGGCCUGAGUCAGACACCUGCACCACUCUGGUCCAGAGCCGAUUCUUCGGCCAUUUUCUGUCCUCUUCUACCUUCCCUAUGGCACCCUGCUCCUGGACACUGCAGAAUCCUGACCCCCGCAGAUAUACCAUCUUCAUCAAGGUCACCAAACCUACCUCUAUGUCAGACUGUGUUCCCCGGGAGCUCCGCACCUUCCAGUUUGACUCAUUCCUGGAGACCACGCGUACCUACUUGGGUAUGGAGAGCUUUGAUGAGGUGGUCAAGCUUUGUGACUCCUUAUCCCCUGUGGCAUUUCUAGAAGCUGGAAAGCAGUUCCUACAAAUGAGGAAGGGGCCAACCCGGGAGGGUGUGGCAGUCACCAACCCCAGCUCUGGUGAGGAUGGAGACUUUAAAACAGAAUACCUGGUGGUAGGGAAGCGUAACCCAAGUAUGGCAGCGUGUCAGAUGCUGUGCCAGUGGCUGGAGGACUGCCUAGCAUCCAGCACCUCAAACAGGCCCUGUGGCAUCAUGCAGACCCCCUGCCAGUGCUGGGAACCACCUCCUCCACAGCUCACUUUGGGGGACGGAUGUUACAGGAAUGGAGUCUACCUGGAAAACUGCCUUCUAGGUGCCAAAGAGAAAACGGUUGCUGACAACAAUGGUGGCUGGAGUGUGUGGACGGAAUGGGCAGAAUGCAGCAGUAACUGUGGUGGCGGGAUUCAGACACGUAGCCGUACCUGUCAAUCACCCCCAGAGGACUCAUACCUGUGUGAGGGAGUGGUGGAGGAGGGCCAGCCCUGUAAUCUUCAAACUUGCAAUGGCCAAGCCCGUCAUCUCUCUCGCAGCCAAUCACUUCGCUCCGUGGACAGUCGCAAGCGUGAUGGUGGAGAGAUAGAAAAGAUACGGGGCGGUGGCGGAGGACAGCAGGCCACACAGACAGUCGACCAGGCUACAUCAGGGGAGGAGUGGUCAUCGUGGAGCGUAUGUUCAACCACAUGUGGGGAGGGUUGGCAGAGCCGCACGCGUGUCUGUGUCUCCUCUUCCCACAGCACCCAGUGCAGCGGUCCGCUUCGAGAGCAGAGGCCCUGCAACAACUCUGCUGUCUGUCCAGCUGCUCUGAUUGCAGUGAAUGGGGCUUGGGAUGACUGGCAACCAUGGAGUUUGUGCUCAUCAACCUGUGGCCGUGGUUACCGGGACCGAACGCGCAGCUGCAAGCCGCCCCAGUUUGGGGGAGACCCCUGUAAGGGACCCGAAAAACAGACCAAGUUUUGCAACAUUGCUGUAUGCCCAGUUGAUGGAGUGUGGAAUGAGUGGGCUAAUUGGGGUUCAUGCUCUGCGUCUUGUUCUAACGGAACAAUGCAGCGGAUCAGGGAGUGUAACGGACCUUCAUAUGGAGGAUCAGAGUGUCGAGGGGACUGGAUAGAGACCAGAGACUGCUUCCUACAGGAGUGCCCCGUUGAUGGGAAGUGGCAGCCGUGGACGUUGUGGGCAGGCUGUACAAAGACAUGUGGUGGAGGGAGCCAACAGAGACAGAGGAUUUGCUAUGGGCCAUUCUUUGGGGGUGAGGCUUGUCCAGGAGAUGGAGAGGAGGUGAGACGCUGCAAUGAAAAGAGAUGUCCAGAGCCUCAUGAAAUCUGUGCAGAGGAGAACUUUUUUAACGUAGUGUGGAAGAUGACUCCAGCUGGAGACACAGCUGCUGUACGCUGUCCUCCCAAUGCAGUGGGGCUGAUCCUGAGACGAUGCACUUUGGAUGAUGAGGGCAAAGCCUACUGGGAGAUCCCAACAUAUAUGAAGUGUAUCUCUAAUGACUACCGUAGCAUCCAAACACUGACUCGCGAACACCUGUCCAAGGCCCAGCAAGGGCGUGCAGGAGAUGGCGUUUCGGAUGUGAUGACCAAGCUCAGGGUUACAUCAAGUGAUGGGACCAGCUACAGUGGAGAUCUGCUAGCCAUAGUAGAUGUGCUGAAGAACAUGACAGAGAUAUUUAGAAGGGCCAACAACAGUCCCAGCAAUGCAGACAUGAGAAACUUCAUCCAGUCAGUCAGUAACCUGUUGAUGGAGGAGAACAGAGAGAAAUGGAAAGAAGCUCAAAUGCUGGGGCCAAACAUAAAGGAGCUGUUCCGGUUGAUGGAAGACUUUGUGGAUGUAUAUGGUCUCAGAAUGAAAGACUUCCAGGACAUGGUUGAGGUCACCGACAACCUAGUUCUGUCUAUCCACAAGCGUCCUGUGGCAGGUAAUACAGACAUCAACUUUCCCAUGAAGGGAUGGAAGGGGAUGAUGGACUGGGCACGCAGCUCUGAGGACAGAGUCACAAUCUCUAAGAACAUCCUUUCCACAGGCAAACCCGAUGCCGAUGAUUCUUCAGCAUUUGUCACCGGGAUUGUUCUCUACAGAAACCUGGGCAGCAUCCUUUUUCUGCAGAGGAACAACACUGUGCUUAACUCCAAGAUUGUCUCUGUGACCAUCAAGCCCACCCCUGGAUCCCUCUCUAACCCGGUAGAGGUUGAGUUCUCACACCUUUACAACGGCACCACCAACCAGACCUGCAUCUCCUGGGAUGAGAGUGACAGUUCUUCACUGCUUGGAUCUUGGUCUGCCAGGGGCUGCAGAGCCGUGCCUGUCGACUCAUUCAGAACCAAAUGCGUGUGUGACAGACUCUCUACCUUCGCCAUUUUAGCACGGCAAAAUCCUGACAUGAUCAUGGAUAAAAUGCAGCUUCCCUCUGUGACACUGAUUGUUGGCUGUGGAGUCUCUUCUCUAACCUUACUGCUCCUCAUCAUCAUCUACGUGUCCGUCUGGAGAUACAUUCGUUCCGAGCGCUCCGUCAUCCUCAUCAACUUCUGCCUCUCGAUAAUUUCCUCCAAUGCCCUCAUCCUCAUUGGUCAGACGCAGACACGGAACAAGGUGAUUUGCACGCUCGUCGCUGCCUUCCUGCAUUUCUUCUUCCUGUCUUCAUUCUGUUGGGUUCUGACAGAGGCGUGGCAGUCGUACAUGGCUGUGACUGGUCGUCUGAGGAACCGCAUCAUCCGCAAGCGAUUCCUGUGUCUGGGCUGGGGUCUACCUGCUCUGGUAGUGGCAAUCUCUGUAGGUUUCACCAAAGCGAAGGGAUAUGGCACUGUCAACUACUGCUGGCUGUCUCUGGACGGGGGUCUGCUUUAUGCAUUCGUGGGACCGGCAGCCGCUGUAGUUUUGGUUAACAUGGUUAUCGGGAUUCUCGUAUUUAACAAACUGGUGUCCAAAGACGGCAUUACUGACAUGAAACUGAAGGAGAGGGCUGGUCAGAUGACAGUGCCACUGUACAAUAUGACGCUCAAAUGUGCCAAGUGCGGAGUUAUCUCGUCGGCUGACGUUUCUACCACAGCUACCAGUAAUGCCAUGGCAUCAUUGUGGAGCUCCUGUGUCGUUCUGCCUCUCCUUGCCCUCACCUGGAUGUCUGCUGUUCUAGCCAUCACCGACCAACGCUCUGCCCUCUUCCAGAUCUUGUUUGCUGUGUUUGAUUCCCUGGAAGGAUUUGUCAUUGUCAUGGUGCAUUGCAUUCUGCGCAGAGAGGUUCAAGAGGCAGUAAAAUGUCGUGUAGUUGAUCGUCAAGAGGACGGUAAUGGAGACUCAGGGGGAUCUUUCCAGAAUGGCCACGCUCAGCUUAUGACUGAUUUCGAAAAAGAUGUCGACAUGGCUUGCAGAGGAGGUAAGAGUACCAGCAAAAAAAAGAGUACUCUGAAGCGUUCCUCUCUACAGGGUGAUGAGAAGCCUUCCUCCCAGCCCCUAACCCUUCAGAAGGGCUCUAACUUCAACACAAUGCCAGCCAGUAUGGCUAAAGUCCACCUUCAGAACGUGGCAGACUACUCCAGUCAUACCCUCACCUUGCGCAGGGAGAAGGGAGGUGCUACUAAAGGCAUCAGCACCGAGCUACCAGGAGCCAAGUCGAUCUACAUCUGUGAUGCGGACCUCUUUAAACAACUGGAUGGGGAGCUGUCUACACUGGGGGCAGGUGAGGCAGGGGGGCCUGAGGGCACAGGAACAGGUCCAGGACCGGGGUACAUCAUCCUGCCCAAUAAUAAUAACACUGGCACCCUGGGGCGACCCGGAAAGGGCAACAAGGAGGACCAGAAAGCCAAGUACAGCAUCAGCAUUGAGCAGCAGCUGCCACAGACCAGGCUCAUCCACCUGGCCAACUCGGUGGGAGUUGAAGGUGUCCCGGGAUUUGGUCUGAAAAGCCUGCCUGCGGACCGUGUCAGUGUGUCCUGCUCUGAGCGGGAUUCACCUGUCCACAACAUGCAGAAUGUCUCUAUUGAGUCCCAGAUUACCAACAGCAACUGUGAACAAGGAGAUUCUGGGAACUCUGGUAUGAUGUCCAAGAGCGAGACUGUGUCUACUCUUUCAAUGAGCUCUCUGGAGAGACGGAAAUCCCGCUACGCAGAGCUUGACUUUGAGAAGAUCAUGCACACACGGAAGCGUCACCAGGACAUGUUUCAGGACCUGAACAGGAAGAUCCAAACUGCAGACCAGGAGAGGGUGUCUCCGCCUGUUGAUGGAAAGACGGGGAAGAGAUGGAGUGUGUCGUCAGCAGGCAGCGACAAGACUAACCUGAGUGACAAGCAGCAGACACCUAGCAAGAGGGCCUGGGAGGGAAUUAGAAAGACCCACUCUCCCCCAUCAUGGGUUAGGAAGGACCUGGAGCCCUUGGCUGCGUCUCCCCUGGAGUUGCAAAAUGUUGAUUGGGAGAAGGCCAGCGCCACGAUCCCUCUGGUGGGACAGGAGAUAAUGGACCUACAGACAGAAGUGUGAGUCUCAAACAGACAGAGACAACGAGAGACAGAAAGCAACCAAUCCCAUUCCACAGACCAGCUCUCAGACAGACAGACAGCUUCCCCUCUUGGUCAAUAUCCUUAUGGGAACCAACGAACAAUGAUAAAUGAAAUGGGCAGAGGUAACAAGAGAGGGGAUAGAAAGGAUAAAUGAGUAUGCGUGAGAGAGAAUGAGAGAUAGACAGGGGGUGGAGUGGUUUUACAGUGCAGUUUGUACUUUUUUGAUUGCUGUUGGAGUCUGUUUUUUUGUUUACUAUUUCAGAAAAUGAUAGAUCUGGCCUGUUAUUAGCCACAUUAUCACUUCACUACACACAUGCUUAUCACUCUACCUCUUCUAGAUGGUAGAUUUUUCUGGGUGUUUAGGUGGUGUAGGUUAGAGGGAAAGACUGCAACUGCCAAUGGUCUCUUCUCCAUCCUAUUCACUCUUCAGGACCCAACAUACAGUUCUAGUUCCAACUAAAUGCCAGUACGCAAUAGAUGAGACCUUCAGGCUAAACAUAUUACAUUUUCCCACCAAACUACAUGUCCAUUACAUGAUCCAAACACGCCUAGGCAGUGGAGGAGGCAGACUGCCGGACCAUAACCAUGUGCCUCUCCAUGCCAACCAAUAGCCUCACCCCUCCAUGCUUCACUGCACUAUUUAACAGAGUCCCUGCCCCCUAGACGGGAUGGGAGCAAAACAGGGAAACCCUCUCUUUGGCGGGUGCCAAGAUGGCCCAAUCUCAUUGGUGGCAGUCUAUAUGAACUAGACAAGGAAACACUGUUUUGAUUGGUUGACUGGUUGCUUCACAUAUGAGCAGGCUUGAAACAUUUAUAGCAAAUAUCAUUUUGCUGUUUUGGUAAAUGCUGUGGUAAAAAAAAAAGGAAACUCUUGUCUCAGAGUAUGUCAAGAAUUAUGCUUAAUAGUUUAACAAUUGAAAUGGAUGCAUUAAUGAGAAAA